UCUGUAAUCCUGAGGAAAAGCUUGGCUGAGUUCCUGUCCAGUUUAUUCCCGUCAUUCCGAUGUGAACUCCGGAAUGUCUGCAACAAUUCCACUUGAAGAGGUGCGAGAGAAGAAGGAAGAUCCUGAGUUGAAAUUGAUGCAGGAAACAGUAUAUGACCUGAUAAAGGACAUCCAGGACCCUGAAAAACCCCAGACUCUGGAGGACUUGGCUGUUGUGUAUGAAGAUGGAGUCACAGUGGAGAGGAUAGAUGAGGAUCAGUAUCUAGUCAACAUAGAGUUCACUCCCACCAUCCCACAUUGCUCACUGGCAUCCAUUAUAGGUUUAUGUCUGAGGACCAAAGUACAGAGAGGUUUGCCAGAUAAACAUAAGAUUGACAUUUUUAUUAAAAAGGGCACACAUUCAACAGGGGAUGAAAUUACAAAACAGAUCAAUGACAAGGAGAGGAUCAUGGCUGCCAUGGAGAACCCUAACCUGCGUGAACUGGUGGACAGGUGCGUGAAAGAUGAGGACUGAUGAGGAUUGGUGAGGACUCCAAUCACAGCUUCAGGAGGAUCACAGCUUCAUCAGCUGAUCUUGCACAGGUCCGAGCUGUGCAUUGUAUUCUUCCAUCAUGUGAUCGUGCUUGUAUUCUCAUUUGUCAGAGAUUAUGUGGCAUACAACUAUUGCAGAGCUACAACGAAUCACAACUCUCUCUCAGAGUAGACUGAAGACCCUUCAAGGAGGAAGCAGUGUAGCUUGUAGCUUUUAGGAAUCAGUUGUGAAAGGAUUGGCAUGUAUUGAAAGUGGGAAUUUGUGUAUUGUAAAAGAUUAUUUUAGCGGUGUUGAUCACCAGACAUGAUAAAAAUAAAUUUAAAAAAAAAAAAAAAAAGCAAAUAUGUGGAAUUUCAGCAUCCCUUAUAGACACAAGGUUUACACCUGAGUGUGAGGUAAAGAUGAGGUGUAUAUCGGGUGUACGCUGAAAGCUGAUAUAAUACACAAAAAAUGGGAAGUAACACUUGAUCCAAAUCAAUAGCUUUUCUGAGAAAGGCUUAAUUUUUACUCAAAUUUUUAAAAGGAUUUUGAAUUCAGCGUUCUAACUCACUGUACAAUUUGGGCAGUGUAGAGCUUUAUAACCAAGCAGCCAACUGCUGGAUAGAGUUAUGCCCCUUUGGCCACUUCAAAAGUUUGUUCCCACACUGAUGAUUGUAGUGAUUUUUAGCAAAUCAGCACGGAUUGUCAUAAUCCUUACGUGUUCAUACACCUUAUCAGUUAGAGAUGUCUUGUGUAAAUUCUAGAUUUUUCAGUUUUACAGGAUGUAUUUGUUCUUAAAAAGAAAUUAAUGAGAAGUGUAAAAAAAGAUAGUAUCCAGCAUUAAUUAUGGAAUGGACAGGUUGCAAAGCCUGGUUUUGAUAUUGGAAAAAUAGUGAUAUGAAAAUUUGUUUACUCCAACAUGGUCUUUGGUGGUAUACUAUUAAGUAUUUUCUGUUCUAUGUAUUAUUUUCAACAAAAUUUAUGCACAACUGAUUGUUUGAGAUAUUGUUUUUUUGUUGCAUCCAGAAGGCACAGAAGUAAAUAUAAUCAUGACAGUUUGUACUGGAAAAGAAUCUACUUUGGCUGAAAAUCAAGGUAACUUUUGAAAAGUACUUUUCAGCUGUCAUGGACCUUGGUUUGUUGUGUAUUUUCAUACAAUUACUCUAACACUUAAACCCUUAGACUUGGAUGAGGUACAAUGAGUCUUAGUGAAAUGUCUUUUUAUUGUGGAGGUCAACAUGUAUGCAUGUAUUCAUAGGCUGAUACACCAUUGUUUAUGAAGUGUCUAGGCAAAUUGCGCUUAUCUUUGCUGCCAUUUUUACAUGUAAGAUUUGAACAUUCAGCAUAUAAAAGAUAAAAAAAAUAAUUGUAUAAAAUUUACGUAAAUGGGAGAUUAAGAAGAAAGAUUAUU